GGGUGGGAUCAGAUCGAUUCGAAAGCGCCAGGUUUGAUGGAAGCACGUGACAAUAGUUUUGAUCUUGACAUAAUACACAAGCCCAAUACGAUACCCAGACAGCAGCACUCACAACCCAUUCACGAUACACAUCCACAUACUCGUAGUACACACUCAUUCCUGCCCAGACAACAACAUGCGAGGGAUCAGUGGCUGUCAUCCUCGUCGUUCUCCCUGUCGCAGACGCCACAGCGUCCACGCGAACACUUCCCAUUGCGACACCAGCCACUGUCCUAUCCACAGGCACGUCCACACUCCAGUAGUCGCACCUCCACCUCCACCUCCUCCGCAUUCCAAUUGUAUCCCAGGUAUGCCUAUCAAAGCACCUCAUUUGCCAAUCCGCCGAGCAGCAUUAACAGAUUCAAAGACAGAUCCAUAAGUAGCGGCUCCAAUUCGAAAACACUGGACUACGAUUGGUCAUCGUCAUCAUCCUUCACGAAGAUCGAUGCGAUCACGCAUGCAAUACGUAAUAAGAUCAUUGUUGAGGAGGACGAGGAGGACAUACUGAGCAUGGAUAGGUUUUAUUGAAGAGAUUUCAUCGAGGCACAAAACAACAACACACAGAACUUUUUUUGAGAAUAAGCGAAAGUAUAAUGAAAAUUGCACAAUAUGUUUAGAUAUGAUUCCUUGACAUUAGAUUGAAGAUACCAUCAUUAUAUUCAAAUUUCAAAUCUAGCAUACUUAUUUCAGUGCCAAAGAAGAAGCGAAUACCAAAACAAAAACAAAUGAAAAUUCAAGUAAAGUUUGUACAUUUCCACUUUAAGGUUGGGGCUGAACGGGAAAAUACACUUACAUGGUUAAAGAGGAUAGCACAAUGCUAAGUACAGCCUAAUGUGUCUUAAAUACUUACUAUAGCUAAGUGUAAUGAGAUUUUAUUUAAAAAAAAAAGCUAAAUAUAAAAUUGAGUAUACAUAUAAACUUAAAACAAAACUAAGCCUAAGAUUUACACCUAAACAAACAACAAUUUGUUAAUGCAUUUCACCACAAGGAUUAAAAAAACUAGAGUGGGAAAGGGGAACGAGGUGCGGGGUGUGUCAUGUGGUUUUUGGGUGGUAAUCAUUGUAGUUACGGUAUCAUACCGUAUAUACAUAUAUAUAUAUAUAUUUUUUAUGCGUACGAUAAACUAAUUCAUAAGUGGCAGCUUUAAUAAUUUAGUAAAAAAAAAAAUAAAUAAAGUACUUAUAAUAAUCUAAGUAAAUGCAGGCACACACACUUACACUCAGAAUCGAUUGAAAUCUCUUUAAUAAAACCAUCUAUACUCAAGAUAAGUACAAACUGCUUGAACUCGUUAAAAGAAACGAACUUUAAAUAUACCCUUUACUAACUAUCCUCUAUAAGAUUGCUUUCUAGUUUGAUCCAUUUUCUAUAGUUCUUCUCUUAGCGCUUUGUUCCUUAGCAAAUCUCUAAGCUUUAACUAAUUUUCCAAUUAUUAAUUAUUAUUUGAUUUCUGCCUAGUUAGUUGCUUUAAUAUAGCAAUUAAUACUACCAGUGCCUUAAAGAAAAAAAACAAAAACCAUUUUGGCAUCCUCAAGAUGUUUAAUAACACAGAAUACACAUAACUUUAUUCUCCUUGACCUCAAAAAAAAAAUAAAGAACAGAAAAGAUAAGCAAAAAGAAGCAGAAAAAAAAGCUUAUUACGUUUUGCGCCUGCGUACGAUUCAAUCAUCAAAACAUCAAAUAAUACGGAGAAACUAUUGUAAGUAUGUUUUUGAUCUGGUCCAUUCCAAACGAGCACUCUUUUUACAAUUCCAACCACCUGAAAAAAAAUUGAUCCAACGGUUUUUUCGAAAUUCAAAAAACAAACGAGAAAGAUGAAACAGAAUGAACAAAACGCACUGAAUUCAAAUCGAUCGCGACUUUCGAAUAUAAUGGGAGUUGUUGUUCCUUAACUUCCUCCACUUCCAGCGCUUUGAUUGAUUAGCGCUAAGUAAGUAGUUACUUCCACACCUUAACCAUAAUUCAUUCAGGCUAACUACGUAAUAUACGAGCUUUGUUCGAAUCGGCCUCGCAAUAGAAAGAGACAGAGAUAGACCUUACGAUUGAUUGAUCACUGCACUCCCUAUAUAAGUAGCUUAAGAUGGUGUUGGAAUUUUGAGCGUUCGGUCUGGGUACUGAUGUUUUAAAUAUAAUAUACACUUGAUUACUUUUCAAAAAAUAAAUCAUUUUCAGAUUUGCAAAAUUUUCUAGUUUUUGUUAGCGCAUUGCAAAUUAGACCUAUAAAAAAUUGUGAUAUUUUAAAAUUUUUAAAUUUGAAAUCUUUAAAAGAUAGUAGAUCUUGUAUAUUAAAAACAUCGGUACUUCUAACGACACUCUGUAAAAAACUAAAUGAAACAUACAGUCCAAGGGUAUAUGAAAAGGAAAUAGGAGCUUUUUGGAAAUUGAGACAGAGUGGAAUAUUGUGAAAUUUGAGAGCGCGGCGAAUAUUAUUUG